AUGUCUGAAACAGAGCCUUUGCUAGGUACGCCCAAGAAUGCAUGGGGUCUGGUGCUGAUCCCAAAUGAGGGGGCUGUUGCCCGUGAUCAUUUUCAUGAAACCUCGAACUCAUUACUAACAGCCCAGGGUAAAGUCCACGGUUCCUUGGCUCGUGCCGGUAAGGUUAAGUCUCAGACUCCAAAGGUUGACAAGCAGGAGAAGCCAAAGCAGCCUAAGGGCAGAGCUUACACGAGAUUGUUGUACACCAAGAGAUUCAUUAACGUCACCUUGGUCAACGGUAAGAGAAAGGCUAACUCUAACUCCGCCUAA